CGUGAGCCCUGAGGUCAGCGUCCCUGUCACCGUGGACAGCUGAGGGUGACCUCGGAGCUCCACGUGCAACCUCUGCCUCAACUUCCCUGCCCGUCAAGGGAUCUGAUUCUCCGGCUGCUGCAGCGGGGGCCGGUGUGUGGUCCGUGCGGGUCGGAAGUGGACCGGGGACCUGGGGACACCACCCAGCGCCACUCGGCAGGAUGUCCGGUGAUCAGACAGCUCAGGACCCCGGAUCCAGCCUGGAGGAACUAGAGCAGCAGAAUGUGGUGAAGCGAGUGGUGGCCUUGCCCCUGGUCAAGGCCACAUGCACUGCCGUGUCCAGUGCUUACAACUCGGCCAAGGACAGGCACCCGCUGCUGGGCUCCGCCUGUCGCCUUGCUGAGCACUGUGUGUGUAGUGUGACCACCUGUGCCCUGGACCACGCACAGCCACUGCUGGAGCACCUGCAGCCCCAGUUGGCCACAGUGAACCAUCUUGCCUGCAGAGGACUGGACAAGCUAGAGGAGAAGCUGCCCUUCCUGCAGCAGCCAUCGGACGUGGUGGUGACCUCAGCCAAGGAUACAGUGGCCAAAAGCGUCACAGGUGUGGUGGACCUGGCGCGACGGGGCCGGCGUUGGAGUGGGGAGCUGAGGCGGUCCAUGAGUCAAGCCAUGGACAUGGUGCUGGGCAAGUCGGAGGAGCUGGUGGACCGCUUCCUGCCCAUGACUGAAGCCGAGCUAGCGGCCCUGGCGGCUGAGGCCGAGGGCCCAGAAGUGGGCUCAGUGGAGGAGCAGAGGCAGCAGCGGGGCUACUUUGUGCGUCUGGGAUCCCUAUCGGCACGCCUCCGCCACCUCGCCUAUGAACACACUUUGGGGAAACUGAGGCAGAGCAAACACCGCACCCAGGAGAUGCUGGCUCAGCUGCAGGAAACCCUGGAGCUGAUGCAGCACAUGCAGAGCGGGGCGAGCCCCACCCCUGCUCCCCACCCCCCAAAGGUUCAGGAGCUGUGUGGGGGCUGGAGCUUGUGUCUGGAGAAUGGACGCAGCCACAGCCAGGUGGAGCUGGAGACGCUGGCUCUGUCUCGAAGCCUGACCCUGGAGCUGCAGAGUGCGGUGGACGCCCUGGCGGGCUGCGUCCGCGGCCUGCCGCCUGGUGCCCAGGCCAAGGUGGCGGAGGUGCAGCGCAGGGUGGACGCGCUCCAGGCCACCUUUGCUGGCGCGCACUGCCUCGGGGACGUGGCGCCCACUGCUCUGGCCGAGGGCCGUGGCAGCGUGGCCCGGGCACACGCCUGCGUGGAUGAGUUCCUGGAUUUGGUCCUGCGGGCCGUGCCACUCCCCUGGCUUGUGGGGCCCUUUGCACCCAUCCUGGUGGAGCGGUCGGAGCCCCUGAUCGACCUGGCCACCUGUGUGGACGAGGUGGUGGGUGACCCUGACCCUCGCUGGGCACACAUGGACUGGCCAGCCCAGCAGCGGGCCUGGGAGGCUGAGCACGCAAACCCCGGGGCACAGGAGGCUGAGCCCCCGAGGGGCCAAGUCAAGCACAGAAUGAUGCCCGAGCUGGACUUCUGACCACCGAGGUCCACACUGCCCCCUGGUGGUCACCACAGCACUCACACAGGUUAGGGCUUCCGCUCCCUUCCCCACCGUGGAUAAUUUUGAGGUCUAAGUGGACGUCAGCAGGUCACGUUCAACCCCUCACAGGAAACUCUCCCUCCCUUGUGAUCCUGUCUUUACCCACAAAGUUGACACAUGAGAGGCUGAGGCAGGAGGAUUGUGGGUUUGAUUGUGAGC